AAUCAUUCGAAUUCUCUUGUUUCUUUUUCAUGAAGGAAGUAUUCGAAUUCUAACACCUGUAUUCUGUUGGUCACCGGAACCUUGUUUCCAAUUCAACAAUUACCCGAAGCGAAGAAAGGGGAAAAAGAAUGGAUUUUUACGGACGCCCACCUCGUUUUUCUUUGUCACCAUGUUCUUCGUUUGGAGAUUUGAUUGGAAAUGUGAAAGUUUUUUGCAAUUUCGCUGUUUCCGCCAUCAUUGGGAACAUUUUCUCUGCCAUCUUAACAUUUUUCUUUGCAUUAGUUGGCACAUUGUUAGGGGCCAUGACGGGGGCUUUGAUAGGGCAAGAGACGGAGAGUGGGUUCGUUCGAGGGGCUGCUGUUGGGGCUAUAUCUGGAGCUGUUUUCUCGAUCGAAGUCUUCGAAUCUUCUCUUAUUCUUUGGCAAUCCGACGAAUCUGGGAUCUUAUGCUUGCUUUACUUGGUUGAUGUCAUUGCUAGCCUUCUAAGUGGGAGGCUUGUUCGGGAACGAAUUGGUCCGGCAAUGCUGAGCGCUGUUCAAAGUCAGAUGGGAGCUGCUGGAACAACUUUCGAGGAGGUCCAGAACAUCUUUGACACCAGUGGUACGAGAGGAUUGGCUGGAGAUCUGGUUGAAAAAAUCCCCAAGAUAAUAAUCAGAAACAAUGACAAUGCAGAUGCAGCCGGGGAGAAAGUUCCUUGUUCGGUUUGCCUUCAGGACUUUCAGAUUGGAGAAACUGUUCGGAGUUUGCCGCAGUGCAAUCACAUGUUCCACCUGCCUUGCAUAGAUAAGUGGCUUCUUAGUCAUGGUUCUUGUCCAUUGUGCAGAAGGGAUCUGUUUCUUUAACUGUAGAAUUAAGAAAAAGCUAUUUGUAUUCUAUUUAUACGGUCUGACUUGCCGGGGCUUGUAUAUUGUUAAUAAUAUGCUUACCUACUCUGUUUUUCUGACUAUUCCAUAUUCAUCUUAUUGUGGUAUCAAACUCCUAAUCGCC